AAUGAAAAAGUUGAAUAGUGAUCGAUGGUUUUAUUGGUAGUGCAUCCGAAGAUAGCACUAGCCUGCUGUUCAUUUACAGCCUUCGGCAAAUGGUUGUGUGUGAAGAAAAAAAUAGRAACACAUCACGUGAUGAUGAUGUAAGAACGUUUCGUUUUCCSUCACAUCCGCCGUCGCACCUCCUUCGAAGAUCGACUUGCUYAACGCUAUCGAUUGAAAUCAACAACAUCCAAUUCUCCUCCGUGAUAAUUGUCAAUUGUUUCCUUUCUUUCAAACCAUUGAGUCUGUGUCUUGUCUCGCAGGUAAGGAAACAAUCGUGCUGAUUGGGCUCGAUGCCUGCCAUUCCUACCAGGACAGAUUCAAUCGACGGGACGGCAAACGGCUAUUAUUUUUUUCUGUUUUUCACGGUGAAGAAAUCGAGGGUGGGCCGAGACAGACAGACUAAAAUCGCGCGCUAAAAAUCGCACCACUGGGAAGCGCGACAACAAAUAUUUUGCUCUCUGUGCUUUUGUGGUCAGCAGCGCACGAGCUCCUUCUUACCAGAUAUAUUGUUAAACCUUUACUUACACUUCGAGCUAUUUCAUAUUUAUUUUCAUCAGACGCUCUAGCAGCCAGCACGUGAAACAACCGAAGAGCUUCAAAAGCCAAGCAAACACAAAAAGAGGCACUUCGAAUUCAGCUCUGUUUUGCCGUUUGCUCGAUUCGAGCACAAAAAAUAACUUUCUGGYCGGUAGUGGUUUUUCGCAUUAAUCCAAUAAUUUCAAGUCUUUUAGAAGAAGACAAAACCUGCCUGAGUGUGUUGUAAAUGCUUUGAGUACUUAGUGCUUAUUAUUACUGUAAGCAGGAGCUGAAGACUUAUCAUAACGAUGAGUCUAGAGCCAACGCCAGGCCCUGCCACGGCUGCUCCAACUACUGGUCUUCGCGAUGACUCAAAUGCCAACCAAUCAGAAACGGGUGUGAUUGGUUCCCUUGGAGAUGCUUUUUCCGGAGUAACGCUAGGUUCUUCUACUGGAAACAGUGGCACAUUCGUGUCUGGAAAUCYUUUCAAUGCAUCGAGCCAUCAUCCUACGUCCACUGACAAUAACGGAUGGGGUGGCUUUUCGAACCGUGAAGCAUCUCGCAACAGUUUCGCAAGACCAGGUGCAACAACUAACCAGAAAGGACGUGAUGAUCAGACAUCGGAGCCUCACACACCUGACCAUGCAGAGCGAAAGAAAAGCAUUGAUUUAUUCCUUUCUCGGGAUCCAUCUGAGAUGCUUGGAAACGAUGUCUUCAAAGAACUCAGCACCGGAAAUCUCCCUGGUCUCGCAAUUCCCGAAGAUACUAAUAAUCCUUCCACCAACUUCCGUGGGCCAGGAGGUCAAACUUCUGUUCUUCAUCCUGGGGUGGCAACGGGUAGCGUUCAAUCAGGACAUCCCGAGCAACAGCGAAUAUCUCCAUCUUCCAAUGUCACAGGAACUACUGCAUCGAAUACUACAGGUAGUCGCUCGAACUCUCCAUAUGAGAGCGGAGGCAAUUCCCAUACUAUUCAAGCUUAUCAGAGUUACGACCAAAACAAGAACGAUGUGUCUGCCCCCUCUCCUUACCAAGCUACACCCACCAGUAAUAUGAGUCCGCGACCGAGUUCUUCAUAUAGCAACACCAACAACAGCAACGCGGCUCUUAAUCAACAUUAUAGUUCACCGGCACCAGAGAAACAAUCUAAUUCGCUACCUCCUCAGCAACCUCAGCAGCAAAUUCUCUACAUGGCUGUUCCCACCCCGGAUGGACGCCAGGUUUUGCAACCUGUUCAAAUGGUACAAAUGCCUGGAAAGCCUUACGCUUACGUCUUGCCUGGAACUGAAGGAAUGCCUGCAAUGCAGGGUGCAAUACCAGGAAUGCAGGCAGGUGCGCAGCCGAUGAUGGUAAUGCCUACAAUGGUUCCCCAGCAGACACAAAUGGCUUCACCUGUUGGUGUUCCCCCACGGCAGCAACCUGGUUUCCAAGGGCAUCAACAAAGUGAUGUSAUGAACGGACUCAUAGGUGGUACCGGAAGCGGUGGACGGAAUCACAGCCAACAUAACAAGAAUAUGAUUGGUGGAGGAUACCAGAGUUCUGUCAACGACAUCAGCGGACCUGGGUACGGAAAUACUCUAUCUGGACUCAGAGCAGAUGAUUAUAACCCCAUGCAAGGGCAGGGAAACAUUGGGGGUGGUGACCCGCAUUACCUGAAUCAACCCACAGAUCCUGAGCUCGCCUCGUUGUACUCUACUCCACAAAGGCCACCUCUCGAUGCCUUGCUUGGGCAAGUUCGGAAGCUUUCCCGUGAUCAGGUUGGAUGUCGCCUCGUCCAGCAAGCCCUGGAUGAAGAAGGUCCAAUGGCUGCGACGCUUAUCCUCAACGAAGGUCUUCCCUUUUGGGGAGAAGCCAUGGUAGAUCCAUUUGGAAAUUAUCUCUUCCAGAAGAUUUUGGAGAAGAUUACAGCAGAAGAACGCAUUAUGCUUGUCAAAAGUGUGAGCACACGGCUAGUGAACGCUAGUUUGAAUCUCCACGGAACCCGAAGUGUACAAAAGAUAGUUGAACUCUGCACAAUGGACGAGAAAAAUUCGAGACCCCCCAACAGUGAAAACGACGGAGAUGCAAAGGAAGAAACGGCUGCUGACGUCCUCACCAAGGCACUAACACCCGCUGCGGCUCGGCUCUGCAUUGAUAGUCACGGAAAUCACGUCAUUCAGCGCAUUCUGCUCAAGUUAGGCCACAAACACUCCAAAUUUGUAUUUGAUGCUGUGGCAGAGAGUGUAGGGGACGUCGCACGUCACCGUCAUGGCUGUUGUGUCAUUCAACGCUGUCUCGAUUCUCCGCCUGGACCAGCCCGCUCCAACUUGGUUUGUCGCAUUGUCGACAAAUCCUUGGAACUAAUGCAAGACGCAUACGGAAAUUACGUUGUUCAAUAUGUUCUCGAUGUAUGCUCUGACGAUGAUGUACAUGCUGUGUGCGAAAGCGUUAUUGGAAAAGUGAACCUGUUGGCCAUUCAAAAAUUUAGUUCAAAUGUGAUGGAAAAGUGCUUGGAACGCUGCACCGAUAGAGUGAAAGAGCACUACAUGCAAGAACUUAGUGAUCCAGAACGUAUUCGAGAACUCAUGAUGGACCCKUUUGGAAACUACGUGGUACAGCGUGCUCUCUCCGUGGCAACACAUACCCAGGCUGUGCGUUUGGUUGAAGCAAUGAGACCCCAUCUUAUCGCUCAAACUCCUGGAACCCCAAAUGGGCAGCGCAAUGGUGGCGUCCGGAAUACUGCUGGUGGGAGACGAAUUAUGGCCAAGAUAUGCCGCCGAUUCCCAAAUUUUAAUCUCAACUCCACUGGAACGAGAGAAGAACUCUAUAGCCAAAACAGAGGACGCCAUCAUCAUAAUAAUCACCAUCAUCAAGCCACUGCUGCUGUGCCGCCUAUGUAUGGUGCAGUGCCUCAACUCGCCCCAGGCCCGAUCCAUGUUCUACAACAACAACAACCUCAACAGCAGCAGCAACAGCAGCAGCAGCUGUACACAUCGAAUCUCACAGAUUACAACACGGCUCAGCUCGGGAUCAAUCCUGUAAACAUKGGAGGCCUUCAAUUCGACCAACGCCAGACGUAUUAUGAUCCCAGUGCCGAUGCAAGCUACUUUCAACAGCAGCAGCAACAACAAACCCCUCACUUUGGGCAAGGCGCUUACCAAAGCGGCUUGUGAGCCGAAUGCACUAGUUUGGAACAAGCUACAACCAACACGUAACAAGUGCAUGAGAAGGAUUCGCAAAAGGUCACUGCGAAACAAGAAAAGUGUAUGAUACAUUUAGACCUGUACCUUUUAUAUGCUAAGCUCGGACUGGUAUUUCGCUUCGAAAGGUGYGAGACCAAGCCUGUUAAAAUGGACAUUGUGCAAAUAAAACAAGAAAGAAAGAUGAAAAAAUAUGAAAUAGAUAACUGACAAACUGCAGCCUGUUUCGCUGCAAAUGCAUACACCGUUAGACAAUAGGAAUACCAUAGUGUAACAAAAAAUAAAAAAUGUAAACGUUU